AUGGUUGUGGAGACACAAGUAGCUGAUGAUGGUGUGACUACACCACAUGGAGGACAAGAGUGGAGGCAAUGCAAGAAUUUCAUUGAAGAUUUUUCCGUCACUACCAAUGGUAUGGGACCGCCAGAAAAGGCUCUGGCAGCAGCCAAGGCAGCUGUUGAAAGCAUCGACCAUUAUCCCCCCGCCAACUUCGAGCCCCACCUCUCACACCUUGCCGAGUUUCUAUGGGGCGAGGAAGCCGACCUGUACAAGAAUUGUUUGCAGCUGGGCAACGGGGCGUCGGAGCUGAUCGACCUCGUCGUCCGCUCUUGUGCUGUUGUUGGAGCAUGGCGUCCUGGCCCGACCAUGGCUCAGUACGAGGAGUACAAGCGAUCGUCAGAGGCGGCUGGAUUUUAUCGUGUUGCGGCCAAUGACAACUCUGCGAACCUUCUGUGCAUGGUGAACCCAACGAAUCCAACGGGAGACUACAUGAAGGUCGAAGAGCUCAAGGCUUACAUCGAGAACAACUGCAAGGCUGGUUCGGUUGUCAUCGUGGACGAGAGCAUGCAGCCAUGGGUGGGGCCACACUGGAGGGAAGAUAGUCUCGUCAGCCAAGGCAAGUGGAGGCAGGCGAUGAGCAUCGAGAAGGGCGUCGAGGUGUUCGUCAUGCACAGCUGGACUAAGAUCUGGGCAUGCACGGGGGUGCGCCUGGGGAGCGUGAUUGCUCCAACAGCGGGGCACAUGGAAAUGAUCAAAGCGAAGCAAGUUCCUUGGUCUGUCAACUGCGUUGCCCUAGCGUUUCUCUCUGCUGCUGUCAAGGACCAGGAAUACCUCGAGACCACCUGGAGGAACACCGCCUUGUGGCGCAAGAAUGUGGUGAAGGAGCUGAAUAAGUACUUCCCUUCAUGGCAGUGCAUCGGCGAGCCCUUCCUUUCAUGGGUCUGGAUCGACACCGGGGAUGAGCUUGUUGCUGCCAAGGCUGUGGAAGUCGCGAAGCAGCAUGGCACUCCUGUGCGAUGGGGAAAGCCAGGCUACAAGCUCCCCACCUACGUGCGAAUCGCAGUGAGGGAUGAGGAGACGACAGAGUAUCUCAUCGACGCGUGGAAGGAGGCCUUCCUCGGUGACGAGCGAAGAAGCAGAGCGGUUUAG